GAGAGGUGAUGUCAGGACACAGGAGGUGUCUGGGUAGGAGGUCAGGGCUGACCACUGAAGGAGAGGUGAUGUCAGGACACAGGAGGUGUCUGGGUAGGAGGUCAGGGCUGACCACUGAAGGAGAGGUGAUGUCAGGACACAGGAGGUGUCUGGGUAGGAGGUCAGGGCUGACCACUGAAGGAGAGGUGAUGUCAGGACACAGGAGGUGUCUGGGUAGGAGGCCAGGGCUGACCACUGAAGGAGAGGUGAUGUCAGGACACAGGAGGACACUAUGCAGGAGGUCAGGGCUGACCACUGAAGGAGAGGUGAUGUCAGGACACAGGAUGACACUAUGCAGGAGGUCAGGGCUGACCACUGAAGGAGAGGUGAUGUCAGGACACAGGAGGACACUAUGCAGGAGGCCAGGGAUGACCACUGAAGGAGAGGUGAUGUCAGGACACAGGAGGACACUAUGCAGGAGGUCAGGGCUGACCACUAAAGGAGAGGUGAUGUCAGGACACAGGAGGUGUCUGGGUAGGAGGUCAGGGCUGACCACUAAAGGAGAGGUGAUGUCAGGACACAGGAGGUGUCUGGGUAGGAGGUCAGGGCUGACCACUGAAGGAGAGGUGAUGUCAGGACACAGGAGGUGUCUGGGUAGGAGGUCAGGGAUGACCACUGAAGGAGAGGUGAUGUCAGGACACAGGAGGUGUCUGGGUAGGAGGCCAGGGAUGACCACUGAAGGAGAGGUGAUGUCAGGACACAGGAGGUGUCUGGGUAGGAGGCCAGGGAUGACCACUGAAGGAGAGGUGAUGUCAGGACACAGGAGGUGUCUGGGUAGGAGGUCAGGGAUGACCACUGAAGGAGAGGUGAUGUCAGGACACAGGAGGUGUCUGGGUAGGAGGUCAGGGAUGACCACUGAAGGAGAGGUGAUGUCAGGACACAGGAGGACACUAUGCAGGAGGUCAGGGCUGACCACUGAAGGAGAGGUGGUCAGGAACUGAACUGAAUCUAAACCCACUCAGGUGCUGUUAAUAACGAAGAGAGUUCUCCUCUCUAGCAGGAACCGUGGUGGAGGCUGUUUUUAGGGUUUAAUCCCUGGCCCAUCUCUCUUAUCUCUACCUAAACCUCAGGCUCAGGCCCCUCAGAGACACAGAGGAGGACAGGACAGCAAGGCAAGGAGCUAUAUAGUUGGCAAGGAGAAGGUUCCACUCCUAAACAGAGCUAUAUAGUUGGCAAGGAGACAGUUCCACCCCUAAACAGAGCUAUAUAGUUGGCAAGGACACAGUUCCACCCCUAAACAGAGCUAUAUAGUUGGCAAGGAGACAGUUCCACCCCUAACCAGAGCUAUAUAGUUGGCAAGGACACAGUUCCACCCCUAAACAGAGCUAUAUAGUUGGCA